GCAUGCGUAGUCUGCUUGACGAGGGCGCUGAAUCAGUACAUCCUGAGACGCAAAUUGACAAAAUAUGCAGUAUUUGAUAAUUAAAAAAGAAACUAUUAUUUUUAUUGUUUGAUCAAUAAACAGGGCGCAUAUCAUUUAUUAUAGUGCUCUCAUUAAUUUACGAAUGUAACAUUGAUGUAUUUUAUAUACAAUAAAUUUACAGUUCUUGCAUUUUGUAAUAAUGCCGACUAGCCAGGAAGGUUUCAAGUAUGUUAUACAAAAGCAAGAGCAGCAAAAGAUAUGCUUCGGGUCAGGGUGUCCUAGAGACACUACCAAAAAGGGCAUGAGUCCAUUUAUGAGAUCUUAUACUUUAGAGGAUCAUCCAAAUAUAGCACCAAAUUCAUACGAUGUUUUGCAGUCGUUUAAAGCAAUUAAGUCUAAGCCCUGUUCACGUAGCAUUAGCAAAAAGGGUUACAGUGGCAUUGCCAGAUUUAGUAAACCAAUUUUAUCGAAAGACGAUUACCCAUCACCAUGCGAUUAUGAUACCUUCCCUAAACAAGUACAUAAAUCGAAGUAUCCAUUUGAUUCAAAUACCAAAAGGCGGACAUUCGUUUUCAAUAAGAAUCCAGGACCCGGGAUGUAUGUUGUUAUUAAGAGAAGAGAUGCUGCGUUCGAACAUAGCUUUGGUAGUAGAGUGAAAAUGAAACUUGGAGUAGAUUUAAAAUGCUGCAGUAGGAACACAGACGUAUGCAAACUGUGUGGCAGAAGGACAGUCGAUGAUUAUUGGCAUUUACGAAACGAAGUGUUCCUAUGUAGGCAAUGUAUGGACAGAGAUUAUACGAAAGAAACCAAAUAUAAAAGAGGGGAAUUAAAGAAGUUUCGUAAAAUACGAGACUGUUCCAUUCUGCAUCGUCAUGAAAGUACAACUGCAAAAAUAUGGUUGAUGCAUCCUAAAGAUGCUGCGCAGUGGAUACGUAGGGAAGCUUAUCUCUCGGCUUACUUUACUGAUUAAUCCUAUUUAUACUUAUUAAAGAAACUUCAUAUAUAUAUAUAUCUAAUAUGUAUCAAAUUUAAUCCAGAUUUAUCUAAUU